CCAAAUUGAUCAUCCAUCAGACGCUCAGCGUUUUAGAAGAUAUUGUAGAAAGUAUCUCUGGAGAAUCCACCAAGUCUCGACAGAUCUGUUAUCAGUCACUGCAAGAAUCCGUGCAGGUCUCACUAGCCCUCUUCCCAGCUUUCAUUCAUCAGUCAGAUGUGACAGAUGAGAUGCUGAGCUUCUUCCUCACUCUGUUUCAAGGACUGAGGGUGCAGAUGGGAGUGCCUUUCACUGAGCAGAUCAUACAGACCUUCCUGAACAUGUUCACCAGGGAGCAGUUGGCAGAGAGCAUCCUCCACGAGGGCAGCACCGGCUGUCGGGUGGUGGAGAAGUUUCUGAAAAUACUGCAAGUGGUGGUACAAGAACCAGGCCAAGUAUUCAAACCUUUUCUACCCAGCGUCAUCUCACUGUGCAUGGAGCAGGUCUACCCCAUCAUCGCAGAGCGCUCAUCUCCUGAUGUGAAAGCAGAGUUGUUCGAGUUGCUUUUCCGUAUCCUCCACCAUAACUGGCGGUACUUCUUCAAAUCUAGUGUGUUGGCUAGUGUCCAAAGAGAAGUAGCAGAAGAGCAGAUGGAGAACGAAGCCCAGUUCAGUGCCAUUAUGCAGGCAUUUGGCCAGUCCUUCCUGCAACCUGACAUUCACCUGUUCAAGCAGAACCUCUUCUACUUGGAGACGCUGAACACCAAGCAGAAGCUGUACCACAAGAAGAUCUUCCGGACAACCAUGCUGUUCCAGUUUGUGAACGUGCUACUUCAGGUGCUUGUCCACAAGUCACACGACCUGUUGCAGGAGGAGAUUGGCAUUGCCACCUACAACAUGGCCUCAGUGGACUUUGAUGGCUUCUACUCGGCCUUUCUCCCCGAGUUCCUGGCCAGUUGUGACGGUGUGGACUCCAACCAGAAAAAUGUGCUGGGAAGGAAUUUCAAAAUGGACAGGGAUCUGCCAUCGUUUACCCAGAACGUGCACAGACUGGUGAACGACCUGCGUUACUACAGACUCUGCAAUGACAGUUUGCCCCCUGGAACUGUGAAACUAUAGUUACUGCACUGGACUCGUGUUUCGAUCACUGUAGGGAACGGAUCCGUGUUUUGUUUUGCCACCACCCUCUCUCCUCCCUGGUUUUGUCAGUUCUGCAGGACACGGUGUCUUGCACACGGGCACAUCUUCUUGGAUUCACGCACCAUGCUUCCUUCU